AUGCCUGAUGGACAGGUCUCUAAGCAAAAAGAGACGCUCAAGUAUCGCAAAGGUUACCAUAGAAGAUCCCCACGUGCAUGUGACGAAUGCAGACUGAGGAAGAUUAAAUGUGAUGGCUCUAAGCCUUGCAAACCAUGCGCCGUGUCCCUGAGCACUUGCUCUUAUGAGUCUGGAAAGAAGCCGCGACAGACACCAACCGAGCGCAUUCGAGUUUUGGAAACACGACUGCGCAAUGUUCGGGCAUCUCUGGAGGCUCUCAAGUCCCAGAAUUCACCGGGACACGUACCUGAUGUGGAGCGGAUUUUGAAGGCAGCCGACCUCUCGGGGCCGCCACCCUCAGAUGACGAGUCGAGUUCCAACGAGACCGUGGAUAAGUCAUUGCGACUGAACAGCAUGAUGGGCCACUCAGGGAGAAGUUUCGCAAACGGGCCAUGGCAGACGAGCUUCUACGGCUCUUACUCUGGAUGUUCCUUUGUCUUACGCACACUUGAGCUCUUUCGAAAGGUAGCUGAUGACAAUGCGCAUUCAGACGGCAGCCGCCAGGUCAUCACUGAUCUAUACGAGGCCCCCUUACCACACAUAGAGUCGUACACACCUGCUGAGUCGCGGACUCUGCCGACUCAGUCGGCAGCAUUAGAGCUCCUAGGCGUGGUCUUUAUGAGAUAUUCGAUCUUGGUUCAGUUCAUUCACGAGGCGAAUUUUCGUGACAUGGUCUAUCGGUUUUACAAUGAAUCAGCAAUUCAAUUCAGGGCAUCCGGCGAGACCUUCAUGCCACUGUUUCACGCUGUAUUGAGUCUAGGACUUCUCUAUGACGUUCAAUGUCGCAGACAGCAUGGCUGCGAAUAUGCGGUAUCUGAAGCGACCAAACAUUUUCUACUUGCUCGAAAGGCGCUCGAUAUUAGCCAAUGUGCAGACCUCAUAUCGCUACAGACCUUACUGUGCCUGACGAUCUUCUUGAUCUCAACAUCGCGCAUAACAGCUGCUCACGCUUAUCUUGGUGUGGCCACUUCCGCCGCCACAAGACUAGGUCUUCACAAGAAGGUUGAGGAAGGAGUGCCCCUGGCUGCGGCUCAGAGAGAUACGCGGACCCGGGUGUUUCUCAGUCUACUCCAACUUGACCUUUAUGUGAGCUUGGUGCUCGACAUUCCCGGAUUCAUUAAUCUGGAUCACAUCGAUUCAGACAUCAUGAACAAGCUUCAGCCCAGCACGACCGGAAAACUACCCUACCCUUUUGACAUCACUGCCGAGAGCCGAGCUCAGUUCUCAGCAUCAGCAAAGCAUCUUGAGCUGCUGGUAUUGGCAGCGACAGGGGUCCAUGACCUGUUCUACAAACACGAUGAACAGCCUGAAAAUACCACUGAUGAGUCAGACUUCAGGAGUGUGGACGUCAAGACGCUGAAAGAUGUUGAACAGAGAUUUCGUUCGUGGACUAAUGGGCUUUCCGGGCUGCCUGCUUUCCCAGAAGAUCCCGAGACUUCUGCCAGUAUGAAGUUUGAACUCGAGAUGACUUUUUAUCUAAGCCAGAUGGUACUGUAUCAACCAUUCUUACACUAUCUCAUCCCAAUGGCCAGGGGUUUGCCUACAACAAAAACACAGUCUGAGCACGCCCUGGCUUGCAUGAAAAUUGCAGGCAUAACUAUUAGUCGAUCAGAUGUCAUGUACCAACGAGGUCUCCUAUGCCCUGCCUCGUGGAACAGCAUCUAUACACUUUUUCUUGCAGUGUCAUGUCUGCUGUUUCUUAUUGCCACGCAUCCCGGAACCUCUAGACCCAGCAACGCCUGGAAGAAGGGCGAACGUGGUAUCAUGCUACUGGCUGCGAUGCGUUGCGUGAACAACGGCGCAGUGAAGUGCCUGCUCAUAAUAAAGAUGCUAAUUCAGCAGCUCUCGCAUACUGUUCUCUUCGAUGUCGACCACAUCGUUGCCGCAACCGCCGGGAUCUGCCCCUGCAGCGUCGCUGGCUCUCUCCCGCAUGAGACAAUGAGGCACAGUAUCUCCAAGGACAUGGUAGCUACCACGCCCCUGCAUUCUGCAGGUUAUCCCACACCAGAUACCCCUCUAGAAGCACGCUCAGUCCAGUCCCCCUGGAACCUCGGACACGAUCGUCUUACAUCAUUGAUCACAGGCGGCCAUGAUACCUUUUAUCGUGAUGCCGAUUCGAUCUUGGCUGAAGCACAGGCUAUGUCCAUGGUGAUGCCAAUGGAUAGUUUUGAAACUUUUGGAGGGAGUUAA